AUGGAUGGUGUAGCACCGAGGCUUAUAGUAACUGAUGAAGAUGCUAGUAUGAAGGCUGCCCUUGAUGAAGUUAUGCCAAACACCGUCCAUAGGUUAUGCAUGUGGCAUAUAAUGAGAAAGCUUCCAGAAAAGGUUGGUCCUCCACUGAGAGAGGAUGAACAUUUCUACAAUUCAGUUAACUCAUGUGUAUGGGGAUCUGAAAAUCCAACUGAAUUUGAGGCUAAGUGGUCUUCCAUGAUUUCUGAAUUUGGACUUGAGGAAAACACAUGGUUUGCUAGGAGAUAUGAAAUUCGUAAGUCAUGGAUACCGGCCUAUUUCAGAGGUCAAAAUGAACUCAAGGCUGACCAUGAUUGCCUCAGUUCCAUGCCUCCUCUGAUUACAUCCUGGGAGAUCGAGAAGCAUGCUAGCAUGUACUUCACCCAUGAGGUUUUCAAAGUUUUUCAGAAGGAAUUGCGUGCAGCUAGAGAACAUUGCUUGAUUGAAAGCAUAUCGCAAGAAGGUGAUGUGAAAACCACGGUUGUAGGUGGAUACUGCUCUUCCAAGUCUAGAGAAGUUCAAUUCAACACGUCAACCAUGAGCGCUCACUGCUCUUGCAUGUUAUUUGAGACACGUGGAAUUCCAUGCCAACAUAUUAUCAUGGUUUUGAGAGGUGCAAAGUUGAAUGAGCUCCCUAGUCAGUUCAUUUUGGAUAGGUGGAAGAAAACAGUUAAUAGGAGAGCCCUAUAUGACAGCUAUGGUAACUUACUUGAAGAAAAUGAGAGUAGUUCUUUAGAUUUGGCAAAGCGAAAAAUGAUUUCAGAGAUACACCAAACAUUGGAUGACACAAUCAGGUUGGCGGAGCACUCUCCUCAAGAAUUGGAAGCAUUGAGAGAUGGUCUCCUUGGAAUGAAAAGAAAUUUAUCUCAAAAGCUUCUUUUAUUUGAUUCGAGGCAGCCAGGUGCUUUUAUUUUGGUGUACUUGAAGAUGGAGUUCAAAGCUUCAGCAUUAUCUUCUGAGAGAUCAUCUUUAUCUUUUGGGCUUCUAAGAGCGGCGCCUUUAAGAGCAUGA